CACAACACACGGAACAUAAGGAAAAUGGGUGGUGGUGGCAUGAUGAAGAGGGAGCUGCCGGUGAAGGUGGUGAUAAUCAACACACAGUACGUGGAGACUGACGCAGUUAGCUUCAAAUCUGUCGUUCAAAGCCUCACCGGAAAAGACUCCACUGUGGCGGCGGCUGGCGCCGCCUCCCCAGAGAAGUCGAAGUUGAAAUCAAGAAGUAGUGGCGCUUCGGCGUUUAAUUAUAAUAGUAAUAGUAAUAGUAAUAGUAAUGCGAUCGAACGAGUUGUUGAACGAGGAGUGUCGUUCAAAGAUUUUGAUAGGAUGCUUAAGGAGUUGCCUUCGCUUGAUGAAUUGUAUACACUUUAUGCCGAAUAAUAAUUAGAUUUUCCACGUACUCAUGACUAUGUUUUAUUUUAUUUUUAUUUGACGUGUAUAUUCAUUUAUAUAUAUUGAUUCUUUCUUUUAUUGGCCUUUUCUUUUUCUUCGUCGUCCAAGAUUUUGUUUUACAACAUAUAAUAUGAUGAUGGUUCAAUUAAUGAAGAUUUUG